AUGACAUUUGUGGAGCUGAAGGAUUCCAUCAGCCGCUUCCGCUUCGCCCAGUCCUGUGUGGGGCUGGGGGGCUGCCUGUGCGUGUCUUAUGCCAUUUGGACCCCUUUCUGGCUGGACGAGCGGGGUCUAUGGACACCGCAAGGCAACAAAACCAGAAGUCACCUGCCCCACAGCGGAGAAGGCAGCGUCUUCAAUGCAUUAGAAGCCGAGCGGGUCUUCGCGGUGCUGUCCUUCCUGAUGGCUGUGAGCACUGGGGCCCUGUGUCUCGUGUUCGCCCUCUGCUGGACAUCAGAGACGGUGCGCUCUUAUUCCAACACGCGCUCGCUGCUGAUGGCGGGUCAAGCGCUGUACCCGAGCACCCUGCUGCUGCUCACCAUGAUGUCCACAGGUUUCUUCUUUCUCUUCAGCUGGUCUCUGUUCACCUUCCACCAUCGAGAGCAGAUCCACGAGGACCUCUCUGUCCUGGGCUCCUCAUACUGGAUCGGGGCCCUGGGCUGGUUCCUUCUCAUGGUGGUGGAGACGGUCGUGUUUUUGGUGGAACAGAUGAUCGUUCCAGACAUUAUUCCUGAUCUGGAGAAGUCUCUGGAAGUGUGGCGUUGGACAGCACAACACAAGUCCAACCAGCGCUCUUUCAGUGACAGUUAUUUCCCCUGCGCCAAGAGCAGCCUCCUCCCGAAGAGAUACAUGUCAAAUCCCUGA